AUGAGGCGUGGUCCUUUGAUAUUUCUCCUCAUCGCCCUUCUUAUUUUCUCGUUCGCAAUUCGCAGUGUCUGGACCCUUUUGUCGCUGCUCGUGGAGGACGCCGCUAUCGACGCGAUUGACCAUGCUGAGUUGCGCUCGCCGAACGCUACCUUGAUUGAGACGCGACCUCAGAUAAUCCCAAAGAUUAUUCACCAGACUUAUAAAAAUGAGACUAUUCCCCAGGUCUGGGUAGAGGCCCAGCAGAGCUGUAUUGACCUGCACCCCGACUACGAAUAUAUGCUGUGGACGGAUGAAAACUCGCGCGAGUUUAUCGCCGCCGAAUAUCCCUGGUUCCUCGAGACUUUUGAUGGCUAUGAGUACCCUAUCCAGCGCGCGGACUCUAUCCGUUAUUUCGUUCUAGCAUUUUACGGUGGAACCUACAUCGAUCUAGACGACGGCUGUAAUCGUCGCUUAGAUCUCCUACUGACUUAUCCGGCGUGGGUACGCCGUACUGUGCCCACUGGCAUCUCAAACGACGCCAUGGGAUCUAUACCCCAACAUCCCUUUUUUCUACAUGUGAUCAAGACCCUACAGCAAUACGAGCGCCACUGGCUCCUCCCGUACAUCACCAUCAUGUACUCGACUGGUCCGCUGUUUCUAUCAGUUAUUUGGAAAGAGUACAUGCAAGACCACCCCAGCGAAUCGAACCGUGUUCGGGUUCUCAUGCAGGGCGACUACAUGAAAAACUCCUGGAGUUUCUUCCUCCACCAUACCGGUAAUAGUUGGCACGGAAAUGACGCGCAUUUGAUCUUCUGGAUGGGCCGACACUGGAUGUUUCUCACAUUCUGUGGCUUACUCUUGGUCACUGUCGUCGGCUUUUGCUGCAUCUGGACCUACAGCCGUGUCACGCUCCCGGAGACUCAGUACCACUACACGAAAGUUCCGCCCCUCAAAAGUCCCUCCCGCCUCUCAUCCUCACCCACGCGGUGUGCUCGACGAGUGAUGUUUACUCUGCUGCAGAGGGUAAACGUCAAAGAAGACGAAGAAUCAGGCGGAGCCACCGAAACCUCGUAUGACCUUGGUUUUCGUAGCGACUAA